ACUAUUAUUUAGAAAAACGAAAAUGCGACCGGAAAAGGGAGCUGAGUUUACCUUACACAUUUUCUUACUUCUUAACUGCUGAGAGGACUCUUGAUUAGUCUCCUACAUGGCGGCUAACAGCGAUUUCCUCUUAACAUUUCAAGAAUUUGACAGUUCUGAGAGCCAUUUGGGAGGGAACGGAGAUGCGACUACCAUCAGUAUCGAGGACACAGGGGCAGGAAGUCACAAACCUCAGAAACAGAGGAGAUCUGCACCGGUGACAUCCUUCGAAGAGGACAAUGACCCAUUGGCUAAUGAUGACAAGACUGAGCUGUUAUCUGGGAAGAAGAGAAGUGCUCCUUUCUGGACCUUUGAAUAUUAUCAGACAUUCUUUGACGUAGAGACACACCAGGUGAGAGAGAGAAUCCUGGGGUCGUUAUUGCCAUGGCCAGGGAAGAACUUUGUCCAUCUCUACAUCCGCAACAACCCUGAUCUUUAUGGUCCCUUCUGGAUCUGUGCUACUCUGGUUUUUGUCAUCGCCAUCUGUGGAAACAUCUCUGACUUCCUGUUUUACCUGGGGGAACCACAGUAUAAAUACGUCCCAGAGUUCCGGAAAGUGACCAUUGCGGCCACGGCGAUCUACAGCUAUGCGUGGCUGGUUCCCCUGGCCCUGUGGGGCCUGCUGGUCUGGAGGAACUCCAGGGUUAUGAACAUAGUUUCUUACUCAUUCCUGGAGAUCGUCUGUGUCUACGGCUACUCCCUGGCCGUCUACAUACCUGCUGUGGUGUUGUGGAUCAUCCCGAACGAGACCGUUAGGUGGUUUUCCAUUGUUGUGGCUCUCUGUCUCUCUGGUUCCAUGCUGGUCUUGACCUUCUGGCCCGCCGUCCGUGACGACCAGCCCCGGGUUGCCAUAGCGAUCAUGACGGCCAUCGUGGCGCUCCACAUCCUCUUGGCGUUCGGUUGUAAGGCUUACUUCUUCAGUACGUUGGAGGUUGACCACACUGCUGUUGAUGCUGUGGUGGGCCAUGGAACCAAGUCGUCUCCAACCAUGGAGAUGCACAGAACUAAUACAAUGUCCUGAGGUAAAUGGUGGAACUAAAGAUAUUUGCGUUGUAGACAUUCAUACCUCUACUGGCGGUCUUAUAUAGCCACUUGUGUAACUAAUAAUAACAUGUUAGCAGCUCCUUCACCGCAGCCAACGUGAGUAAAAUAUAAUAAUAACAUAUACCAUUUACUAGAUGCUUUCGUUCAAAGCGACAGGUUAUUGAACUAACCUGUAAUUAGUAGUGCUGAGCGAUUAACCACCAUGUCUUUUUUUGGGGUGGGGUGGGGGGGUUAUAAAACAACUUAUUGACGGACUCCGGUUCGAUUACUUGAAUUCCAUUUAGUUUGUUUUGUGAGCCCAACGCUCCAUUUCUAUAGAGAAAGAACUCAAAUCAUUCAUGAGAGAAGUCGGAGAAAUCAAGUCAAGAAUUAUGUGGGGCGCUGGACUGAAUGGAGUUGUAGUUUUCAUAUAGCAAAUAUUCAGCCUAGCUUAGCAAAGACACUUGGUAAUUAACUACAAUGACCACAAUCCAUUGCGCCAUUUUUUAAUUUAUUUAUUUUAUUUUUAAUUGUAUUUUUAAUAACAAAUCAAUACAUAAAGCACAUGAGGGAACACAGGCAUUCAUAGAUUACAAACAAUGGACAAUCGAGCUAGGG